AAAAAACACAACCAGAGAAAAAACAACUCAAAGUUUAAGAAAAAGAGAUAUGAUUUGCAUCUGCCAUAACUACCAUAUCUAGUUUGCCUUUCUCCUUCCUUCAUUGCUUGUAGAAACAACAACAAAGGCCAAACAAUGUCACAACAAACACUAACCAUUCUUCUAUUCACACUCCUCAGUCUUACUUCUUCACCAGCCACUUGCUUAUACUCUUCUCCAUCACCCCCUACCGCGCCAUUUUCCGAAUCUACCCCCCACACCGACCCUGAACCACGCGCCGAAGAAUGGUUACCCGCCCACGCAACUCACUACGCCGCCACCGACGCGGUCGGCGGCGCGUGUGGUUACGGCGACCUCCUUAACGGCGGUUAUGGCAUGGCCACCGCCGCUCUCAGCGAAGCUCUCUUCGGGCGCGGCCAGAUCUGCGGCGCCUGCUUCGAGGUCCGGUGCCGCGAGGAGGAUUCCGACUUCGACCGGCGGUGGUGCAUCUCCGGCACGACGGUCGCCGUCACCGCCACCAAUUUCUGCGCCCCGAACUACGGUUCCGACGCGGAGAGCGUCGCCGGACACUGCAACCCUCCGAAGCAGCACUUGGUUCUCCCCAUUGAAGCGUUCGAGAAAAUCGCAAUCUGGAAAACUGGCACUGGCAACAUGCCCGUGGAGUAUCGCAGGAUAAAGUGUGCAAGGGAAGGGGGAAUCCGGUUUACAAUUACUGGUUCUGGAAUAUUCAUUUCGGUACUGAUUAGUAAUGUGGCUGGAAUUGGAGACAUUGCUGCUGUGAAGGUUAAGGGUUCAAGAACUGGUUGGCUUCCAAUGGGUAGGAAUUGGGGUCAGAAUUGGCAUAUUAAUGCAUUGCUACAGAACCAACCUCUUUCCUUUGAGGUUACAAGUAGUGAUGGGAUAACUCUUACAUCUUACAAUGUUGCUCCCAAGGAUUGGAGCUUUGGACAAUCUUUUGAAGGCAAGCAAUUUGAGUCUUGACAAAUACAAUUAUAACUUGUUUGGAGGGACCAUUCUCCUUCCUUUCUCCUCCCAUAAAAGUUUUGUGAUAAUUGGGAUUGUCAAGCACAGGCUAGUAGGGUCAUGAAAUCAAAGAAGUUAUAAGCAAUCAUUUGAGUAAUUCUUUCAAGAUGCUAAAAUAUUUGAUAAAUUUUAUGGAAUCACGGAAUAUUUUCCUA